AUGGCGCUCCUCCUACUCCACCUGCCCACGCUGGCGCUUAACGCAACUGCCACGCUCGUCUACCCGCUCUACGCCUCGUACAAAGCGGUCACCUCCUCCUCCACCUCGCUCGCCGACAUGGAGGUAUGGCUGAUCUACUGGUCCGUCUUUGCGUGCUGGACGCUGCUCGAGUCCGUGUUUGGGUUCCUCUGGUCAUGGGUACCCUUUUACUACGAGCUGCGACUGCUGUUCAACGUCUGGCUGGUAGCGCCGCAAACGCGAGGUGCGACGUACAUAUACACCAACCAUCUGCAUCCGUUCUUGCAGACCAACCAGGAGCAGAUCGAUGUGUGGAUCGAAGAUGCCAAGCGCGCGGUGCGCGCCAAGGUGGAUGCGAGCUUGGGCGGGUUGUGGAGUGCGUCGCUCGGUGGGUCUGCUACAGAGAAUGCGGCUCCGGCGGUGCCAGUGUCAGGGAAGGAUGCUCGACACAGACCGCCUGCGGGCAACGCUCCGGCGCCGCCGACGCAGCACAACCCGGCGCAAGCUCCCCUCUCGAUGUUUGGCAACCUCGUCAAGACUUAUGCUCCCGUAGCCAUCGCUUCCGCGCGCAACUUCCUGGAGACCAAAGCUCCCGCGCCCAACGUCGCCGCUUACUCUAUCCCUGCAACCGGCGGCUCGCGCGAGGACGCAAUGCACAGGCGUCGACAGCUCGAGUCGCAGCUCGCCGCGUUGGAUGCCAGUGGCGUGCCGUCGAGCAGCAGCAGCAGUUCAAAUUCGAGCGGCGAGGACGACGCGCACGUGCCCGUCACGGUCAUGGCCAACCCUGGGCCGAGGGCGAGGAGGGCGAGUGGCGCGGGCACGUUGAGGAACCGGGUUGUCUCGGGCAAGUCGACAGUCAAGGCGGGCGCAGCGAUGGGCGAGAGCUACGAUUUGCUGGACCAGAACGACCUGGCGCCGCUGCAGGGCAGUCCGGCCAGGGACGGCAAGAGGAAUUGGAUGCCGUGGAGUCCUAAGGAGCUGUAG